AUGAAGAUAUCGUGUUAUUUAUUGGCAUACUUGGUUACUCAGGUAGCAGGUCAUGGAGAUCAUAAUCAAAAUAAUAAAAAGCCUGAUGGGUUGAGCUGGCAAAACUGGCAUAUGAUUGAAGAACAUCAAAUGGAUCAGUACGAUGCCGAGGCGUUCUUCAAGAUUCAUGAUUUGAAAAAUAAGGGGACUUGGUCUAGGGAUGAUAUAUUGAACUUGUAUGGAUUGUUGAGAGAGUCAGUUGUAGGUGACGGAUCAGGUAUGGGUGAACAUUCACACCAACAAGAGUCAAUAACACAAGAGGCCAAAGAUCAUGUGGUAAAUUCUAUCCUUGAAUUGAUCGAUACUAACGGAGACAAACAGAUUUCGUUGGAUGAAUGGAGACAGUUUUCAAAGAAGGGAGAGUUGCCGGAUUUUGGAUAUGGCCAGGGCCAUCAUUUGGAUUUUGAAACAGAAUACGAAGAGCAUCAUUGGAACAAGUACCAUGCCAAUCAAGAUCCCGAAGUGUUAAUCAAACAUAAAGAAGACAUAGAGCACGAAUUGUUGCAUCACGAACACGAGAUCGAGGAAUCCCAUAAUGCUGCCCCCGAUAUCAGAAAGUUCACUGACAACUACUUAUCGGACAUCAGAAUUCAAAACGUGCCUUCAAAGUAUAAAAAUCAAUAG